CCUCGCGCGCCAUCGCAGUCGAAGACGCUGUUCGUGACGGUCGAGCCGGACGCCUCGGACGACUGGCGCCUCGAUGAGAUCGCGGACGUCAUACGCGGCGGCGGCGUGGGGAUCAUACCCACGGACACGAAGUACGCGUUCGUCGCGGACUUGGAAUCGCGCGACGCCGUGCAGACGCUCUACCGGCUAAAAGACGCGGGCGUCGGCAAGCCCAUGAGCGUGCUCGUGCGCGGGUUCUCCGACAUCGACGCGUAUACGCAAGGGUUCCCGGACAACGUCGUCGCCGGGCGAACGCAGCCGUUCAAGCUCGCGAGGCAGUGCCUCCCGGGGCCGUACACGUUCAUACUCCAGGCGGGGAAAGCGAUGCCGAAGAUAUGUCUCCAGGACCCCUCCACGAAGUCGAAGUCGUGCAAGGCGCGAAAAACCGUCGGCGUGCGGUUCAGCGCGGACCCGGUCUGCCGAGCCCUUCUCUCGCGCCUCGACCGACCGCUCCUCGCGAGCACCGUCCCGUGCGAGGUCGACGGCGACGGGAUCGAGUACGCGCAAGACCCCGCGGUGAUGUGCGACGACUACGAGAGCGAAGGCCUUCUCGCCUUUGUCAUCGACUGCGGCGUCAGAGAAAACCCGCCGAGCACGGUGAUCGAUCUCAGCGGCGGCGCGGCGAAGCUUCUGAGGAGGGGCGCGGGGGACGCGAGCGCGUGGGUGGAGGACGACGAGGAGGAGACCCUCGCGGAC